AAUUUAGUUCCGUUUCCGGGUACUUCCGAAUAUCUGUCAUUUUACGCUGCCGCUUCUUGCUUCACGGUUGUGAGCAACACUGCCUCGGGGAAUGGUCCUGUUUUAACUCAUUAUUUAGUUACGAAGCAUUAGGGGAAGGUGUGUGUGUUUUAUUCAAGCAGUGUGUGACAACGCUUGUGGCGAGAUGGCGACGCGUUCGGAAAGAGAGAAGGCCCAGAAACUCAAUGAACAGCACCAGGCCAUCCUGUCUAAAAUGCUGAGAGAAGAAGAUAACAAAUACUGCGCCGACUGUGAGGCGAAAGGUCCUCGAUGGGCUUCGUGGAACCUGGGUGUGUUCAUGUGUAUCCGCUGUGCUGGGAUCCAUCGUAACCUGGGCGUGCACAUAUCACGCGUCAAAUCCGUCAACCUGGACCAGUGGACCCCCGAACAGAUCCAGAGUGUGCAGGACAUGGGGAACACCAGGGCCAGGCGGCUGUAUGAGGCCACUCUUCCAGACAACUUCAGACGACCCCAAACGGACCAAGCCGUGGAGUUUUUCAUCCGGGACAAAUACGAGAGGAAGAAAUAUUACGACAAGAACGCCAUCAACGGUGGCCUCAAGUCUAAUGAUGCUGCUCUUCCCUCGGCCUCCUCGCCCUCCUCGCACCAAGCUGAGAAAAGCAAGCUGGAGAAAGAAAGGGAGAAGAAGGAAGAGAAGAAGAAGGAAAGAGAGAGUGAAAGAGGGACCAAGCCCAGCUCCUUGGAGAAGCCCCAGAAACGGGACGAGCCCCAGCCAGAGCCCCGGCCCAGCCCCAUGAAACACGCAGAGCCAGCCAUCGACUUGUUAGGCCUGGAUGCCCCUGCGGCUGCCGCUGCCCACGGUGGGAGUGGCUCUGCUGCCUCCGCCACUCUCAGCGAUGACCUGGACAUUUUCGGCCCCAUGGUGUCCAACCCCCUCCCCCCCUCCAACACACAGUUCUCUCAGGCCAGUUCCAGUAAAGCCACAGGGGCCCCUGCAGCGGGAGCAGGAAGUUCGGCCCCCGCCCAGGGAGACCUGGACCUGUUCACCGAGAGCGGCAGCGGGAAGGCGGAAGACUCAGCCAAGAAGCUCCUCUCCAAGGACUCCAUCCUGUCCCUCUACAGCACCAGCAGCCUGCCCCCACAGCCUGCCCCUGCGGCCAUGUUCAUGGGCCCCUCUCAGAUGCAGUUCCCCUCCCAGCCGGGGCAGGGGUACCAGGGCUUCGCGCCCCCCACCACCAUGAUGGGCACGGUGCUGGGGCAGAGCGGCCCGGCCAUGGGGCAGAGCAUGAUGGUGGGCAUGACCAUGCCCAACGGCUUCAUGGGGGCCGCUCAGGCGGGGGUGAUGGGCCUGGCCCCCGGCGGGGUGAUGGGGGCGCAGGGGGGGGGCGUCCCGCCCGGAGUGGUGCCCCCCCAGAACAUGUACGCCAUGCAGCCGGGCCAGCAGCAACAGUGGAACAUCAGCCAGAUGAACCAGCACAUGUCGGGGCUGAAUGUGAACGGGGCGGGCGGAGCCCUGGGUCUGGGGCAGCCGGGCCCCGGCGUGGGGGGCUGGGUGGCGCCCCCCUCAGGCCAGACCCUCAGCACACAGCUGUGGAAGUGAGAACGCCCCCACCUUACCCUCGUACUGACACCUCCUCCUGUCCCGGCAGGAACGCUCUGAGAGACGCCUGCUGUGUGUCCAGUGACCAGUGUGGAGUUGCAGACCGGCAGCUUCGUCCGUCUUACUUGCAAAAGAGUGUUUCUUUUGUCAUUUCUUUUUCUUUAUUUCCUUUUAAAAAAAACAUAUCAGCGAAACAAGCUGCUGGACCAAUUACGCGAGCGUCUAAUAUAUCAGUACCAAAUCAAUAGUGAGUAAUAGUAUUUAAAUGGCAGAAAUAUGGCUAUCAUGUUUGUGAACCCUCCCUCCCCCGGCGAUCCCCUAGACGGUAGCGUAUGACCAGAUGUGCUGUAUGUUCCCAUGAAUAGAGAUAUCCGCCGUCGCGUGAACACCGCCUCUCAUUUCACCCCUCAUCUGUUCGGUUGAAAUAAACCCUCCAUCUUA